AUGCCUAUACCUCACCCCUCGUUCCUCUACCGUGAGUCGACGGAACCGCCAACAGUCCCACUUCCACUGGAAGCCCGAAAGAUCCAUUUUUGCCAUUCUGCCUUGCUCGGCGUCAACCCCUACUCAAGCAGCCAUCUCUACCAGCGGGUCGGCCCAUGGACCAUUCUCAACCCCAGCGGAGUCGGCACAUACAUCCCUACAGGUUACGCGUUCCGACACGACAUGGUCCACGGGGGUCGUUGUGCGCGAACCGUUGCCGAGAAUGAGGUCAAAUGUUAUGUCCGGACUCUGGUGUGCAAGGGAGGGAAGUUGGAGGGAUGGUGGCCAAGGACAGAGAAUUAUCGAGGCGACGGCCACUGUUUCGACUGUAUCUUCCUGCGGCCCAACAACUUCGGGUGCACGAUCGACGCGGAGCCAGCAGCAGACACGCCCGAGCCAGGAACCCCGAGCCCCGAAGAACCGCAACCGGACAUACAAAUCGUAGGGAUGUGGGAUCCGUCACCGGAGCCAGCAACGGCGGGGUCGGAAGCGGACCCGCGAGGCAGCGAAGCUCCGGAGACUGCGCCGGCGCGCGAGGAGUCGGUGGAGUAUGACGAGUCCCAAGCGGGAGAUACGAGCAGCGAUGACGAGUCUGACGGUGUGUCUCCGACGGCGCAUGUAGAACGUGAGGCGAGGAGGCAGAGCGAAGCUCGCAUGGAGACGCGGAGGUUGAUGUUGGCGGAGCAGAUGCGCAGGGUUCAUGAGGCGUGA